AGGUGCAUCAAUUACUUUUAGGUGUGUGUGUGUGUAUACAUAAAAUUGGUGUUUAUAUUUUAGAAUAGAUCCAAAAUUUACCUAGAUUAUUAAUUUUUUUUAAUAUACAGUAGAUUUGUAUUUAAAAAUCAAUUACACUAAUGAAAUUAGUUGUAUCAGUGUUAGCCCUGUUGGUGGCCAAUGGCUGCCAUUGCACACCACUGGCAAAUGAAUCGCCGAUAGCUGUGCGUCGGGUGGCCAAUGGUGGUCGUAUUGUAGGCGGUGUACCGGCCACUGAGGGUCAGGCGCCGUUUCAAAUAUCGCUAGUCAUGAGCGGCUGGUUUGGCGACAGUCACAUAUGCGGCGGUUCACUGGCCGGCAAACAGUCGGCCAUUACGGCUGCACAUUGUACUGAUGGCUCAAGUGCCGGUGAUUUGAAAGUAAAAUACGGUGGACUCGACAGAACCAAACUAUCGGUAUCCCAGACCGUCAAAGAGAUCCGACAGCACGAGUCGUACAACAAACCCGUACAGUUUGACAACGACUAUAGUGUACUGAUAUUGAAUCAGCCGAUACAGACAACCGAUAAAAUCAAAACUAUUGAAUUGGUUGAUUCGGAACCCACCGAUGGCUUGGAAGCACAUUUGACCGGUUGGGGUAACACUAUAGGCGGUAGCAGUUCAGCGCCUGUGGGCCUACAAUUUGCCAUAUUUCAGAUACUGAGACCAGGAUCAUGUCAGGCACGUUAUGAAGAGUCCUAUCCGGGACAGAUCGAGGUGUCGGCUAAUAUGAUAUGUGCCGAAAAUCCGGCAGCUUCUGGAUGUAAUGGUGACUCGGGUGGACCGUUGGUUGUGAAUGGCAAACUGGCCGGUAUUGUUUCGUGGGGUAUCCGUAACUGUCCGGCUGAUACUACCAAAACGCCAACUGCCUAUGCAAACGUGGCCGCUGGACGCACCUGGUUAUUGAGCAAAAUUCAAUAAGAUCGUUUAUUAUAAUAAUAAUAAUAAACAUUUAUCAUAUAAUAAUAAUAAUAAAAUGUUUUUAGCUAUUGCAUAGGUAGGGUCUGAAAUAACGGAAAAACGUGAAAAAAAUUGUUUUUACUGAUUUUCAGACCCUGUCUAUUGCUGUAGAGAAUGAAAAAGAGAAAAAAACAACAAAAACAACAUUUUUUGUUUUUUUUUACUUUUUUUCAAACCCUACUUAUUGUUUUUUGACAAUACAAUAUUUUUUUUUUAUAAAUUAAUUUAGAUAUAAUUUUGAUUGAUCAAAAAAUUGUGCCCAAAUAAAUAUGGCAAUGUUAUCUAUAUUUUAUUAUUUUAAAAUGUAAAAUGUUAUUAUUAUUAUUAUUAUUAUAAAAUAAAGUUUGAGCAUCUAAU